CUGAACCAACGACCGCAGAGGUCGCCUCAACGGCCCGCCCUGCCUGUCAGACUUUAGUGUGCCACACCCAACCAAACUUCAAGCUCCUCGGCUACGAAGUCAUUAGAUAACUCAAUCAUGUUUCCUGUCGCAGCGCAUAAAAUCUGGGGAAACCGUACAGCAGAGGCGCAUCUAGCCGGGUAGGAUGAUCAUCCAGGUUGUAUCCUACCACGGGUCUCAAGAUGGGACGAACCGGUCAGUAUCCCAAAACCCCCAGUUCUACUAUACCCCUUUCUACGAUUCUAUGCAGAAAUGACAGCUGUUUACGGGCUGUGUCUGUGUAAACUGGGGCUCUGUCUGCUCUUCCGGUCUGGGCAUUCUGCGAAGACAUGGCAUAAACAAAAUCUCCUGCGGCACCGAUUCCAUGAGUUCCAGACUUUCCAACGUUCUUAUCGCUCACUUUUUGAUCUCAUUUCGUAAUCGUCAUGUCGACUGACGGGCCUUUCCCACCUCUGAUGGACCCUUCAACCUUGCCCCACGAUUCCCUCGUCCCAAAUAUCAUUGUAUGCGCGGUUGUAACCUGGGCGAUCGCGGCUGUUUUUGUGGCGCUGCGCUUCUACACUAGGACAUGCAUUCUCAGUGUAGUUGGCUGGUCUGACUGGCUCAUUCUAAUAUCGUGGAUUUUCUCCUGCGGCGUAACUACCAGCGCUAUCGAGCAGAGUCAGCGAGGAAUAGGAAAGCACAUGUACGACUAUGACUGGAUGGCAAAUUUGAGCCCAUUCCAAAAAUCGGCAUGGUAUGGCGUGCUUUUCUACACGCUUUCUUUAGGCUUUUCCAAGAUAUCAAUGGUGUUGCUGUAUCUCAGUUUGUUUUCUUAUCACUGGAUUAGAGUUGCAGGGAGGCUGGUCCUCGCUACGGUCAUAAUAGCGACUCUAUGGAUGCUGUGCAUUGUUUUCACAGCCUGCAUUCCUCUGGAGGCGUACUGGGUGUUUGCCCUCCGUGAGAAGGCUUAUUGUCAGCCACAAAGCGCGUGGUGGGCAAGCGUAGGACUUCACAUGUCAACAGACUUUAUAAUAUUUGCACUACCUCUCCCCGUUCUGCCGACACUCCGCAUGCCUAGACGUCAGAAAUGGAUGCUGGCUAUGGUGUUUUCACUAGGGUUCUUCGUUUGCAUAGUGUCAAUUGUCCGACUAAUGAAACUGCUUCAAACGGAAAACCACCCGUCUCUCGACUUCUCCUACGACGGCGCCGAUCUUGUUUACUGGACCUCGAUUGAGGUGCAAGGUGCAAUUGUCUGUGCAUGCGCAGUCACCCUUAAGCCACUUCUGAACCAAUGGAUGCCCAGGUGGUUUUCUGUCUACCGACAAAACAACACCCUCGGUCAGAAUCCAGCACCCCUGACGAUUGGACAGAGGGCAAGCAGGAGGAAGCUGAGCAAGGUUGAGCAGCACACCACCAGCCACGACAGCUGGACUGUCGAGAGGCCAAGCAAAGACCUGGAGGCCGGGUCUAUGGGUACUCGGGCCGUUCUAAACUUCGACCUCCGGAUCGACAGUCUCGAACAGGACCGCACAGGGGAUGCCGCAUUUUCUGUUCAGAUGAGCGACCUCCCUUCUGAGAGAAGGCUGGGGCAGAACGCAGCAUCAGAUCGCGACGCCACGCACUUCAUGCCGCCACCGCCGCCUAAUGUGCACAGGAGCUCAGUUUCUGCGUUGCGAGGCCUGGCAGUUGGGGCUUUCCUCGACGAUUCUUCGCUUAGAAGACAGCAUCGUGCCUCAGGGUCUGGGCAUCGGCGGUCCCUGACGAGCUCGGGAUUAUACGACUCGUCCUCCGAAAGGCUGGAUUGGGACUUGGAAAGAACCACAUCCGACGGUUCGACCCCCUGGAGAGGCUAACACUGUUCUUUGUGAUAGAAGUGACGAACGGACCUUCAAAAUGCUUUGAGAUAGUAUGAUAGUUCUUGGACGUGUGCGGAAUAGACGAAACCAGAUAGUAUGAUAGUGUGAAAAACUACUACGCGCUUGUGUUUUGUGUGCCGAGUCGCAGCCUUGGAAAUUCGACUUGGAUAUAAUCAAUGAUCGAAAUGUU